GAUUUAUAGAACAAUUUUUUUUAUGACGUGUACUUUUAAAUCUACUUUUUAUUGACUAGGCUUCCCAAGUCUAAACUAUGUAUUUUGAAAUGUAUUUAUGACAAAUUAUCAAGUGAUGAUGUUUAAGAAUGUUGUUGAUUUUAUAAGGCAACAAUGUUUGUAGUGGUUUGCUUAUUGCUUAUGUUAUGUAUAUUGAGUUGAUACACCUUUGUGAUAUUCCUUUUGGAACGUUUUUCUAAACUUUGGUCAUUUUGUAAAACAUUGGGACUUUAUUUUCCACGAGCGUCUUUAGUGUUUUGAAAAUACAUUUUAAACUGUUCAAAAACAUUUUGACCCAUACGAAAGGCGUUUAAAUUAGGGAUUACAAAAAAAAAAAAAAAAAAAAAAAAAAAAAAAAAAAAAGGUGAAAUCGCUAGUUCGCUGCCAUUUGUUCAUAGUGGUUGUAUUUGGGUAAAUGAAGAUUUGGUGGGUACCUAAAAUUUGAGAAUGAAUAACUCCACAUGUAAUUCCAAGUUGAAUAAUUUUAAGUAAAUAAAUUCAAAUUAUAUGUUAAUAAAACAAAAUAAUCCAUAAAAAGGGGGACAAGAUCCGCCCUAAAAUCAACCAAAAUCGGGAGGUAACCCACCAAUGGAAGCAACGAAACAAAGGCUAUCAAACUAUUCCAUUCACACAACUACAUGUUUGCUUACACUCUACUCUUUGUUUCCACCAUUUUUAACACCAUCUUCCAAGAAAAGAGAGAACCCAUUUUCAUCAAAAAGCAAUGACUCCAUUUCUUCCAUUUCUUUUUUCCUCUUCCCCUUCCUUCAUUUUCAAACCAUGGAACAACAAGAUUGGAACAUGAUUGGUGCUGAUUGUCUUGUCUUAUCUUGUUGUUGUCAAUGCUUGAUGCUACAACUUCUAGUUUUCUUCUUGCUAAAGCUUCCCACCAAAUUGCUCAAGAGAACAAUACGAUACAUCAAGAGAAAGUUUACGGACCAAAUGCGUCAUGGUGGGAAAGUAGUGGGGGUGAAAGUGGCACGUUGCGCAAAAGAAGUUGUCGGGUGUCAGAAACCAAGAGACUUGAUGAAGGGUCGAGCUGAUCAAGUUGAGAGUUCUCGAAUCGAUGGGUGUAUGGAGGAGGUUGAAGAGGUGUUGGAGGAGUUCUCUAGAAAUGGUGAGUUUGGAUUUGGGAGUUUUUGGAAAGGUAAUAAUGAUGUUGAAGUUUAUUUUCCAACGUGUCUUGUAAAACAAGAACUUGGGUGUCAUGAUCAUGUUUUUGGCUCUUUUAGGGUGCAUUAAUAUGUUGAUUUGAUUA